GAUUAUGUUAUUGGUGGAGUUUUCGCCCAACAUAUCAACAUGCACACAGUGAAGCAUAACUACACCUACAUGCCUGAGCCAGUGAGAUGCAAAGGGAGAAUUAAUCAACGUGGACUGCGUUUCUCACGCGCAAUGAUCUUCGCCAUCGAGGAGAUUAACAACAGCACGGAGCUGCUGCCGGGCAUCAGACUCGGUUAUCAGAUCUACGACUCGUGCACCUCGGUGCCCGUGGCGGUGCAUGUGGCAUUCCAGCUUUCAAGCGGCCUGGACCCUGUGUUUUACACUGGCGACAACUGUUCACAGUCUGGUAUGGUGAUGGCAGUUGUUGGUGACGGUGGGUCCACACCAUCCAUCAGCAUGUCGCGCGUACUCGGGCCCUUUAACAUCCCUCAAGUGAGCUACUUUGCCACUUGUGCAUGCCUGUCGGAUAAGCAGCAGUAUCCGAGUUUCUUCAGAACAAUCCCAAGUGACCAGUUCCAGGCUGACGCGCUGGCCAAGCUGGUCAAACACUUUGGCUGGACUUGGAUAGGUGCUGUCAGGUCCGAUUCGGAUUAUGGCAAUAAUGGCAUGGCGUCUUUCCUGGCUGCAGCACGCAGAGAGGGGAUCUGUGUGGAAUACUCUGAAGCUUUCUAUCGGACCAACCCACGUAGCAGGAUCCAGAAAGUAGCUGACGUUAUCCGCAGGUCGACAGCUGUGGUUGUUGUGGCAUUUGCAGCCUCUGGAGACAUGAGGAUUUUGCUAGAAGAACUUUCUCUUGAGCCUUUUCCAUCUCGCCUGUGGAUAGGCAGUGAGGCCUGGGUAACAGACCCAGACAUGCUGAGGUUCAGCUUCUGUGCUGGAGCUAUUGGAUUUGGCAUUGAGCAAUCAGUCAUCCCAGGUCUGAGAGACUUCUUGCUGGACCUCUCUCCCUCUAAAGUGGCUGCCUCUCCCCUGCUCACUGAGUUCUGGGAGGAUAUAUUCAACUGCAGGCUGACAAAAAGUGAAGUCAGAAACGAGAGGGUAUGUGAUGGAAGUGAAGACAUACAGACGCUCCAGACUCCGUACACUGACACAUCUCAGCUCCGGAUCACUAACAUGGUACAUAAAGCUGUUUAUGCAAUAGCACAUGCCAUUCAUAAUGCAGUGUGUCAGGAAAGAAAGUCUACAACUCAGUGUGACAAAUUCACCAGGAUACAGUCUGAAGAGGUUCUUGUGCAGUUAAAGAAAGUAAAUUUUUCACAAAAUGGUUAUGAUGUGUCAUUUGAUGCCAACGGGGAUCCUGUGGCCACAUAUGAGCUGGUGAACUGGCAAAAAACUGAGAGUGGCAACAUCGAGUUGGUGACAGUCGGACACUACGAUGCAUCACUGCCGGUGGGCCGGGAGUUCCGUAUCAACAGGAACCUCACCUGGGUGGAGGGCAGCACACAAGUACCUGUGUCAGUGUGCUCUGACAGCUGUCCUCCAGGAACUCGUAAAGUGCUGCAGAAAGGAAAACCCAUCUGCUGUUAUGAUUGUUUACCAUGUCCUGAGGGAGAGAUUAGCAAUGUGACAGAUUCCCCAGAUUGUCUCCCAUGCCUCAAGGAGUUCUGGCCUAAUGCAGCAAGGGACACGUGUCUCCCCAAGCCUGUAGAGUUUCUUUCCUUCAACGAGGUCCUAGGAAUCAUCUUGGCUGCAUUCUCAGUUGGUGGUGCCUGUCUUGCCAUUAUAACAGCGGCUGUGUUCUAUCGUCACAGGACAUCCCCGAUUGUCAGGGCCAACAACUCUGAGCUGAGCUUCCUGCUGCUCUUCUCUCUGACUCUGUGUUUCUUAUGUUCAUUAACUUUCAUUGGAGCGCCCUCUGAGUGGUCCUGCAUGCUGCGCCACACAGCAUUUGGGAUCACCUUUGUCCUCUGUAUGUCUUGUGUUCUUGGAAAAACAGUAGUCGUGUUAAUGGCCUUCAGAGCUACACUCCCAGGAAGCAAUGUGAUGAAAUGGUUUGGUCCUCCACAGCAAAGAAGGACUGUAGUGUCUUUAACGUUCAUUCAAGUUAUAAUAUGUACUAUUUGGUUGGUUCUUAAUCCUCCAUUUCCAGUGAAAAACCUCACAACAUACAAGGAGAGAAUCAUCCUGGAGUGCGCAUUAGGCUCAGCUGUUGGGUUCUGGGCUGUGCUCGGGUACAUCGGCCUGCUGGCUGUCUUUUGUUUUGUGCUAGCUGUCCUGGCUCGGAAACUACCUGAUAAUUUUAAUGAAGCCAAGCUGAUCACCUUCAGCAUGCUGAUAUUCUGUGCAGUGUGGAUUACCUUUAUCCCUGCAUAUGUCAGCUCUCCUGGGAAAUUCACGGUGGCUGUGGAGAUAUUUGCCAUUCUGGCCUCCAGUUUUGGACUAAUAUUGUGUAUAUUUGCUCCAAAGUGUUUCAUCAUAUUGUUUAAGCCAGAGAAGAACACCAAGAAACAUUUAAUGAACAAAAAUCAAUCCUGAGAUACAGUUGCAAGAAAAAGUAUGUGAACCCUUUGCAAUUAGAGUUUUCUGCAUUCAUUUGUCAUAAAACGUGAUCUUAUUUGCAUCUAAGUCCCAAGUAUAGACAAACACAACAUGCUUAACCUAAUACCACACAAAAAAUUAAAAUAUUUCAUGUUUUUAUUGAACACAUCCAUUAAAUAUUCAAAGUGAUGUUGCAAAAAGUAAGUGAACUCUAUGGCAAGUGACUCCAUUAAGAGUUAAUUGGAGUCAGGAAUUAGCAAACUUGGAGUUCUUAUAAUGAAAUGAGAUUUGAGUGAGGUGUAGAGAUACUUUGAACACUAAAAAACUAUCAAACUUUUUGAGAUUGUUAUUCACAAGAAGCAUCUGCUCAUGUUAACCAUGCCUCGCAAAAAAAAGAGAUCUCCAAAGACCUGCGAUCAAGAAUUGUUGAUUUGCAUCAGACUGGAAGGGGUUACAAAGUAAUCUCAAAGACUUUAGGUAUUCACCAUUCCACAGUUAGA